AUGUCGGCUGCAUUGCUAUGUUCUUAUUUGUAUCGACUAAUUCGUCGGCUGUUAAAAGUAUCGCAGGCGUGUUGGACAUCUCAUUGGUCGGCAAUAAAUAUGGCGUUAUCUCUCGAUAUCGACCGCGGGCCGCACUUCGCUCCACGCGACCUACCCCCCCGCUCUAAUGAAUUACACAAUGAACUCUCAUCUAAAUACAGAAAAAAGCUUUUAAAGGCACAUAUCAAAAAUGCCCACAAAAGCCUACUAAGACAGGACUUACAGAUUUAUAGCACUCCCUUUGUUAAAUCACGUAAUCUCCACGUGGAGCCGCGAUAUAAAUGGAGGUAA